GAAAAGUCAAGUAGAUUUCCAUGGAGGCAUUUUUAAAGGCACCAUCGCAGAAGGAUGAUCUAAUGGCUGCCUUGGCGUUUUCGUAAGGAAGGAAUCGUGGUCGCUGGAGGUGCUGGACGAUCACCGCUUCCUUGGAGUGUUGCACCUGCUGGAAUCCGGUUUCAGGAUUAAGGGAGGGCCGCCCUCUCGCAAUGGGAACCGCCUCGCUUGUUCUUAACCUUGGGCUCUGUCUAUGUUCAGUCUGAGGGUCUCCCCUGGGUCUUUCGCUGUCGGCGGGCUCACCUCACGGCUUCGUCUCCUUGGAGUCCUGGCAUCUCUGGGACGGCGGCGGAUGCGGGUGUGAGCCAUGUCGAGUCCCCGGGGACUGCUAUGGCUGCCUUUGUUCUUUACUCCGGUCUGCAUCAUGCUGAACUCCAACGUCCUCCUGUGGAUAACCGCCCUGGCCAUCAAGUUCACCCUCAUUGACAGCCAGGCCCAGUAUCCAGUCGUCAACACCAACUACGGCAAAAUCCGGGGCCUAAGAACACCCUUGCCCAAUGAGAUUUUGGGUCCAGUGGAGCAAUACUUGGGGGUCCCCUAUGCCUCACCUCCCACUGGGGAGAGGCGGUUUCAGCCCCCGGAACCCCCUUCCUCAUGGACCGGGGUACGGAAUGCGACUCAGUUUGCUGCUGUCUGCCCCCAGCAUCUGGACGAGAGGUCUUUGCUGCACGACAUGCUGCCCAUCUGGUUUACUGCCAAUCUGGAUACUCUGAUGACCUAUGUUCAAGAUCAGAACGAAGACUGCCUUUAUCUGAACAUCUACGUGCCCACGGAAGACGAUAUCCAUGAUCAGAACAGCAAGAAGCCAGUGAUGGUCUAUAUCCAUGGUGGCUCUUACAUGGAGGGCACAGGCAACAUGAUUGAUGGGAGCAUUUUGGCGAGCUACGGGAAUGUCAUCGUGAUCACCAUUAACUACCGUCUGGGCAUCUUAGGGUUCUUGAGUACCGGCGACCAGGCGGCGAAAGGCAACUACGGGCUUCUGGACCAGAUCCAAGCCCUGCGGUGGAUCGAGGAGAAUGUGGGAGCCUUUGGCGGGGACCCCAAGAGAGUGACCAUCUUUGGCUCCGGGGCCGGGGCCUCCUGUGUCAGCCUGCUGACCUUAUCGCACUAUUCAGAAGGUCUGUUCCAGAAGGCCAUCAUCCAGAGCGGCACGGCCUUGUCCAGCUGGGCGGUGAACUACCAGCCUGCCAAGUACACUCGGAUACUGGCCGACAAAGUGGGCUGCAACAUGCUGGACACCACGGACGUGGUGGAAUGCCUGCGCAGCAAGAACCACAAGGAGCUCAUUCAGCAGCUCAUCACCCCGGCCACCUACCACAUCGCCUUCGGCCCGGUCAUCGACGGCGACGUCAUCCCCGACGACCCGCAGAUCCUCAUGGAGCAGGGCGAGUUCCUCAACUACGACAUCAUGCUGGGCGUCAACCAGGGCGAGGGCCUGAAGUUCGUGGACGGCAUCGUGGACAACGAGGACGGCGUGACGCCCAACGACUUCGACUUCUCCGUGUCCAACUUCGUGGACAACCUGUACGGCUACCCCGAGGGCAAGGACACCUUGCGGGAGACCAUCAAGUUCAUGUACACGGACUGGGCGGACAAGGAGAACCCCGAGACGCGCCGCAAGACCCUGGUGGCCCUCUUCACCGACCACCAGUGGGUGGCCCCGGCCGUGGCCACGGCCGACCUGCACGCGCAGUACGGCUCGCCCACCUACUUCUACGCCUUCUACCACCACUGCCAGAGCGAGAUGAAGCCCAGCUGGGCGGACUCGGCCCACGGGGACGAAGUGCCCUACGUUUUCGGCAUCCCCAUGAUUGGGCCCACCGAGCUCUUCAGCUGUAACUUCUCCAAAAACGACGUCAUGCUGAGCGCCGUGGUCAUGACCUACUGGACCAACUUCGCCAAAACCGGGGACCCUAACCAGCCGGUGCCUCAGGACACCAAGUUCAUUCACACGAAACCCAACCGCUUUGAGGAAGUGGCCUGGACCAAGUACAACCCCAAGGACCAGCUGUACCUGCACAUCGGCCUGAAGCCCAGAGUGAGAGACCACUACCGAGCCACCAAGGUGGCCUUCUGGUUGGAACUGGUGCCCCAUCUGCACAACCUGAACGAGAUAUUCCAGUACGUGUCCACGACCACGAAGGUCCCCCCGCCAGACAUGACGUCGUUCCCCUACGGCACCCGGCGCUCUCCGGCCAAGAUCUGGCCGACCACCAAGCGCCCGGCCAUCACGCCCGCCAACAACCCCAAGCACUCCAAGGACCCUCACAAGCCGGGGCCCGAGGACACGACGGUCCUCAUCGAGACCAAACGGGACUACUCCACCGAGCUGAGCGUCACCAUCGCCGUGGGGGCGUCGCUGCUCUUCCUGAACAUCUUGGCCUUCGCGGCGCUGUACUACAAGAAGGACAAGCGGCGCCACGAGACCCACCGGCGCCCGAGCCCGCAGCGCAACACGACCAACGACAUCGCGCACAUCCAGAACGAGGAGAUCAUGUCCCUGCAGAUGAAGCAGCUGGAGCACGACCACGAGUGCGAGUCGCUGCAGGCCCACGACACGCUGCGGCUCACCUGCCCGCCGGACUACACGCUCACGCUGCGCCGCUCCCCGGACGACAUCCCACUCAUGACGCCCAACACCAUCACCAUGAUUCCCAACACCCUCACGGGCAUGCAGCCCCUGCACACCUUCAACACCUUCAGCGGGGGACAGAACAGUACGAAUCUGCCGCACGGACACUCGACCACGCGGGUAUAGCUGUGCGGGCCCCUCCCCUCCGCCGCCCCUGCGCGCAGCCACGUGGAAGACAGAGAGAAAGAGCGAGAACCUGCGCCCCGGGAAUGCUUUUCGCCCCGCCGACUUGCGACAGAAAGGGCGGUCGCCGGGCCCCUGCGGACCCCUCCCCGUGGCUCUCCCCAGGACGACAAGAUCAACUUCCGACCCUACGAAAUGUGAAACGUAUCCCUUUCUGUCCCCAUACUGCUUUAAGAUCUCCGCCGCCGCGACAGACGAUUAGUGUCACCCGGUCGUCGCCACUGCGAGGACGUGGGAUGCUCCCAACGUCACGGUAGCAGCUGACACUUCUGGAACUCAGCCAGGGACACUGAAUAUUUUUUAAUUAUAAUUAAAAAAAACAAAAAGUUUCUUUAUGUACCAUACAAUGGAUGGAUGGCUCUACUUAAGCGAAGAAAGAGUCUCUGGGCUUUUACCCAGCAUGUGGAGCUGUAUUCCAGAGAGAAGGGAAAAGUAGAAUUUUAUUAUUAAAAUAAAAGCAUUGACUAUGCAGUGAAAUUCGUACAGUUCUGUGCAAAGAGAUGUUUUGCCAGCCUGAACUCUAUUUAAGAAACUUUGUACAAAAAAAAAAUAAAUAAAAUAAAAAUGUAUAUAGCUGUGAGUUUAAACAAAAAACACUCACACAGGGGGGGAAAAAAAAG